AGUAGUAGGAUUCGUCCCGGUGUGAAGCGGUGCUGUCGGCGAGAGCUCAGAUGCCUUUACAGACCUCAGCAGACACUUCUGAAUUUCCCUCACACUGAAAUUACUCCUGGAUCCAACUGACUGGAGAGGAUUGCAUUAAACAGAUCUGAAGUCUAUCGGAUGCGCUCCUCUGGAAUGAGCUCUUGCUGACACCUUCCUCCCGGACUCUGUCAUCGUUCCUGAGUACAGAAGUGGUUGUUGCUGUAAUCAUGACAGCAUUGCCGUUCCGGCUUGGACCGCUGUCCUCCGCUGGACUUGUCAUCUUCCUCCUCUUCUCUCUGCCUCUCGUCACGUCACAGACGCCAUCACUCCCAGCGACCUCUGACCUGGAGUCUGUGCCCUCUCUGCCUGAAGAGUGCAGGAGAAAAAUGCACCCCGUUACCUCCCACACAGCUUUGAGCCCGUGGCUGUCCUCUUUCUCUCUGCCUGGAGUGAAUGACUACUCACCGCUCGCACUCGACCUCACCAGGAACCAGCUGAUAGUGGGAGCCAGGAAUCAUCUCUUCCGGUUGAGUUUGAGCAACGUCUCUCUCCUGCAGGCCACAGAGUGGGGAGUAGAUGAGGGCACCAGGAGGUCCUGCCAGAGCAAAGGAAAGACGGAGGAUGAGUGUCAGAACUACGUCCGUGUCCUCCUGUUGAACGGCAGUCGUCUGUUCACCUGCGGCACUAAUGCUUUCAUGCCCAUGUGUACGACUCGCCCUGUUACGGACAUCUCCAGCGUCCUGGAGUCCGUCAGCGGUGUGGCCCGCUGUCCCUACGACCCUCGACACAACUCUACAGCCAUGAUAACUGAGAGUGGAGAAGUCUACGCUGCUACAGUGACCGAUUUCUCCAGCCGCGACCCCAUUAUUUACCGCAGUCUGGGGAACAUGCCGCCCCUGCGGACCGCACAGUACAACUCCAAAUGGCUCAAUGAACCUCACUUUGUCUCUGCAUACGAGGCGGGCCGCUUCACAUACCUCUUUCUGAGAGAGAACGCAGUAGAACAGGACUGUGGGAAGACGGUCUUCUCUCGUGUGGCCCGUGUGUGUCAGAACGACAUUGGUGGUCGUUUCCUGCUGGAAGACACAUGGACCACCUUCAUGAAGGCUCGACUCAACUGUUCCCGCUCUGGAGAUGUUCCCUUCUACUACCACGAGCUGCAGAGCACCUUCUUCCUCCCUGAGCAAGAUCUCAUCUACGGAGUCUUCACCACCAACGUGAACAGCAUUGCUGCGUCUGCGGUGUGUGCGUUUAACCUCAGUGCCAUCACGCAGGCCUUUAACGGACCGUUUCGCUAUCAGGAGAACCCUCGGACCAGCUGGCUUUCCACUCCCAACUCCAUCCCCAAUUUUCAGUGUGGGACAGUGAAUGAUUCAGGUCCGGGCGGCAAUCUAACAGAACGCAGUCUUCAAGACGCCCAGCGGCUCUUCCUCAUGAGCGAGGUGGUUCAGCCAAUCUCCACGGAUCCUCUGGUCAUGCAAGACAACAUCCGUUUCUCCAAACUGGCUGUGGACAUUGUUCAGGGGAGAGACAAGCUCUACCACGUCAUGUACAUCGGCACAGAGUACGGCAGCAUCAUCAAGGCCUUAUCCACAACUAAUAAGAGUCUGCGUGGAUGUUACUUGGAGGAGAUGACCAUUCUCCCAGAAAACAUGCAGGAGCCGAUCCUGAACCUGCAGAUCCUGCACAGCGAUAGGUCGCUUUUCGUGGGACUUCCCAGCAGAGUGCUGAAGAUCCCUCUGGAGAGAUGCUCCAACUACGAAACUGAACCGGACUGUCUGGGUGCCAGGGAUCCGUACUGCGGCUGGGACCGGAAACAGAAGCGCUGUACGACGAUUGAGGACAGUUCCAACAUGAGCCAGUGGAGCCAAGACAUCACAAAGUGCCCUGAGCGUAACCUCACCCAGGAUGGUGGAUUUGGCCAGUGGUCAGCAUGGCAGGCUUGUAACAAUGAUGACGGAGGUGAAGGCACCAGCACAUGUCAGUGUCGCACUCGGGCCUGUGAUAACCCUCGACCCCAGUGUGGAGGGAUGAAGUGUGUCGGGGCAAACAUCGAGGUGGCCAACUGCUCCAGGAACGGAGGCUGGACUCCCUGGUCGUCCUGGGCCGAGUGCAGCACCAGCUGUGGCAUUGGAUUUGAGGUCCGUCAGCGAUCCUGUAACAACCCAGCACCCCGACACGGAGGACGUGUAUGUGUGGGACAGGCACGAGAGGAGAGAUUGUGUAAUGAAAAGACUCUAUGUCCUGUUCCGGUGUCCUGGGUCUCCUGGAGCGCUUGGUCCAAAUGUAGUGUUGCCUGCGGUGGUGGAGUCCACUCCCGCGUUCGGAUCUGUGAGAACGGAAACACGUGUCCUGGUUGCCCUCUGGAGUAUAAGGCGUGUAACUUAGAUGCGUGUGCCGAAGUGAGGCGGACCACCCCGUGGACACCCUGGUACCCUGUUAAUGUGACUCAGAUAGGGGCGAGACAGGAGCAGAGGGUCAGGUACACCUGCAGGGCUCUCCUCGCUGACCCUCACGACCUUCAGCUCGGCAAACGCAAGAUAGAGACUCGCCUCUGUCCCACCAGUGACGGAGCUGCUGCCUGCGAGACCAACGGUCUAGUUGAGGAUUUGUUGAGAAUGGGUCGACCUGUGACACGAGUGCAAGGAGCCGUCUGGUCAUCAUGGGAAACAUGGUCAGCGUGUUCCAAAGAAUGUUCCAAAGGCUUCCGUACACGCAAGCGUUCCUGCGCCACACCGGAUGGGAAGAGCACGCCAUUCGCCUGCAGCGGAGCGCCGGUCGAGUAUCAGGACUGUAACACUCAGCCGUGCCCAGUGAAGGGGGCGUGGUCAUGCUGGUCUUCCUGGUCUCAGUGUUCUACUUCCUGUGGCGGCGGUCACUACCAGCGCUCCCGUACCUGCUCUAACCCUGCUCCUGCUCACUCUGGAGACAUCUGCAUCGGCCUGCACACAGAGGAAGCGCUCUGUAACAUACACGAGUGUGAAGGUGGGUGGGGGGCGUGGUCAGAGUGGGCGGAGUGUAACGAGGAGAGGCUGCAGCUCCGGAUUCGUACAUGUGAAUUAAGCUCCGCCUCUUGCCAAGGAAACUCCACAGAUCAGAGACAGUGUCACCCCAAUGAGAGUCCAGUGCUGUCAAAGGGACAGAAGAGGAGCAUAAACUGUGGAGGGUUUUCUCUGUUUCAUUUGGUGCUGACUGGAGCGUGCUGUUUCCUGGGAGCCGUUUUGUUGUCCGUCCUGGUGUAUGUGUACUGUCAGAGACUCCGCAAACCCCCUCAAGAGUCCGCAGUUAUCCAUCCCAGCACCCCAAACCACCUACACUAUAAAGAGAACAGCUGUGCGCCCAAGAACGACUUGUACACACCCAUGGAGUUCAAGACUCUGAAUAAGAACAACCUGCUUCCACCAGACGAAAGCUGCAACUUCUUCCCAUCAGCGUUACCACAGACCAACGUCUACGCCACCACAUAUUACCCGUCUCCUCUGGGAAAAUACGACUUCCCUUCCAUGGAUUCACCCUGCAGCUACAUGCACAGCUGAUGCACGGACACACAUCUCAUGCUUUCUUAGGGCUGUGUGACCAUGGUUAUGCACCCUCAUCCCUCCAUGCAGAUGCAUUGGAAAAUGCAUGGAUCCACAGGAAGGCUGAGCGCAUUAUCUGCAUCUCAAGCGGUGCAGGAAAAUGCAAAGGAGUGAUGUACGUAUAAGAUGGGCCCAUGUAGUUUACUUGUAGCAUUUCCUUUCCUAAAUGUCAUCUCGAACUGGAAGUCACAAGUUCAGCUGAACACAUCCCUCGUAACAACUACACAAAGCAUGCACACUUCUUACAAGAGGAAUUCUGUGAUCAAGCUCAAAACUGAAUUGUGACGUACUAUACGUGCUGGCAUCUUUGUUGUUUUUCAUAAUCGAAAAACUGCAAUGCAGAACUCGCUUUGAGUCGUAAAGCAUGACAGCUUCCAGACAGCUGUGAUGUCUCACAGUAAGACUGAACAUCUGUUUCCUUUAUUUGUUCCUGGUUUACAUCUUUAUCUGCUCCAGAACUCUAAGAACUACAAGGACAUGAUAUCCAUGGAAUCAGGAUGUGACUGGUUAAUGUUAGUGAUGUAUGGAUGAACUCAUGAAAGAGUGUUAUCUUCAGUGUCUAAUGAAGUAAAAAAAUAAAUCUGUAAAGUUUCGUUUAUGCAAGUGCUGCUGAAGAAGAGAUUUCUGACUCGGUGCAGGAGUAAAACUCAGUAAACAGCCUUUAAAGAUAUAGGGGCACAAAUCAAUCAAAUGUAAAAAACUUAAAUGUGUAUUUUGGAUGUUUUCUUGCCACUAGUCUAAAAGAAGACGAGUUGUGGAAGUAAAAACAGGCCACAUUUUCACAGUUAACCAGUGAAUGAAAGAAACAAAAACUAAAUCAAUGUUUUUGCUUUGCAGUGCUAUAAAAGUAUCAUAAAAGUCAUCCAAGUCUGAACUUCCAAGUCUGAACCAUGCAGUAGUUUUAAAUGAGAAACCUAUAUCUUUAAAAAUUCAGAUUCACAUAUUCAAACAUUUUCAAACAAGAUUGAGUAAAAGAGUUUUACGCGCAUUCUGUCAACCUUCUUUUUCUCUGUUCAGUGGAGAUGAUGAAAUGGCAUGAGGAUGAGUUAAUAACAAAAUUUCAAUCAUUUCAAACGAAUUGUUACUGAAACAUGGUGGUCUGAAAAAGCUCUUUGGGAGUGUUAUUGAAUCUAAAGGGAUGUAUGUUUAUAAGUAACUGUAUAUUUGUAGCUGGCAUUAUAUAUUUAUACACAAAUGAUGCAUUUUCUUUCUUUUUUGUUUUUGAUGGAAUCAGGUAUUUUUUCCUUGCUGCAACUCCACAGUAAACAUAUGACAGUGAGAGCAGCAACUGUUGUCUUCACUACACUUCAAGUGCUCAGAUUUACACUUAUUUCUUGCUAUUGCAGUUUUGCAGAGAUUGUGUACAGUACGUUUAAUGAAAAUAUGUUUUCUGAAAUAUUUUAAGCUAAUUCUUUCCAGUGAGCCCAUAAGAACUGAAGUGCAGAUGCAGACAGUCUGGGUGGAUGUUGAAUAAGGCAUUAGAGCGGAAGCGGCUGCGGUCAUGUUCUGCAGCUGGAUGCUUGCUGCUGCUGAUUUUUAUCACUGAUAUUGCAUGGAUGCUGCAUUAUCUGAAUGCAGACGGUUCUCUAUGCAAUAAAAAAAGAAA